AUGGUGAACUACGGUCUGAUAUCUGAACAUGUGGAACACGUGUCUGCAUACGAUGAGGAUGCAGUGCCCCUCGUAUAUGCGGAGUAUGAAAUUGCCGUCAGAUUCUUCCAUACUAUGUUAGACGGCAGGAUAAAAAGAUACAACGAAAAACAUCAUUACAUCGGAGACUUUUCUAUAAGUGAAACUCUAUACAGACAAGAUCUGAUUGAACAAAAUAAGUAUUUCGAAGAAAUAAACCGUGGCACGUUCGACCAGAGCGCUUCUAAAAUUGAUGACAUUUUGGACCCAGAGGUUUCAGAGAACUUCUACGCCAACCUCCAACAAGCUCACGAUAUAGGUGCAAUAGAUAUCCAGAGAGGCAGGGAUUUGGGUGUCCGCGGAUACAACGACUACAGACAUUUAUGUGGUUUGAAGCCUGCUAAAAAAUUCAAAGAUUUCUUAGACGUGAUGGAUUUUGAGAAAGUGGAGGCACUCAAGAAGUUAUACAACGACACGGAUGACGUGGAUUUGUUAGCUGGUAUUCUGAGUGAGAAUAGUAUGCAAGGAACUUACGUAGGACCUACGCUAUUCUGCAUUAUGGCGAAGCAACUGCAGCUAUUCAGAUUCUCAGAUAGGUUUUGGUACGAGCGAGGAGAUCAACUGCACAGUCUGACGUUAUCCCAACUGCACGAGGUCAGGAAAACGAACAUGGCCCGAUUCGCUUGCGACAAUGCUGAAGGGAUCAAGUUUAUUCAACCACAGGCAUUCCUUAACGUAAAACCUGGGAACAUGCCAGUUCCCUGCACACAUAUUCACAGCCCGGAUUUUUCAAAAUGGCGCGAUGACACCUGCUUCAAACAUAAGUAUAGUCAUGAAGCAACGCACGUGCCUAUCGGAUAUAAAAACUCUAAGGAACCAUCGGUAGAUUUCUCUUUAUUCUUCGAUGAUUUAUUGUCCAGCAAGCCUGAUUUAAUGUGA